AUGACUGGAGGCAAAUCUGGAGGCAAGGCCAGCGGCAGCAAGAACGCCCAAUCCCGCUCGUCUAAGGCCGGUCUCGCCUUCCCCGUUGGUCGUGUCCACCGUCUGCUCCGCAAGGGCAACUACGCCCAGCGUGUUGGUGCCGGUGCCCCCGUUUACCUCGCUGCCGUCCUUGAGUAUCUCGCCGCCGAAAUCCUUGAAUUGGCUGGCAACGCUGCUCGCGAUAACAAGAAGACCCGUAUUAUCCCUCGUCACCUUCAGCUCGCCAUCCGCAACGAUGAGGAACUGAACAAGCUUCUGGGUCACGUCACCAUUGCCCAGGGUGGUGUCCUCCCCAACAUCCACCAGAACCUUCUGCCCAAGAAGACCCCCAAGAGUGGAAAGGGCCCGGGAAGCCAGGAGCUGUAA